CCGCGGGCAGGGCGCCUGCGCCGGGAGCGGGCCCUCGGCCCCUCAGCUGCUCUCGACAUGGCGCUGAGGCGGCGGCCCGCGCUCGCCCUGCUGCUGCUCCUGCGGGGCUGCUUGAUAGGGGCUGUGAAUCUCAAAUCCAGCAACCGAAACCCAGUGGUACAGGAAUAUGAAAGUGUGGAACUAUCUUGUAUCAUUACGGAUUCACAGACAAAUGACCCCAGGAUUGAGUGGAAGAAAAUCCAAGAUGAACAAACCACAUAUGUGUUUUUUGACAACAAAAUUCAGGGAGACCUGGCCGGCCGUGCAGAACUGCUGGGGAAAACCUCUCUGAAGAUCUGGAACGUGACCCGGACGGACUCAGCCCUUUACCGCUGUGAGGUGGUUGCUCGGCACGACCGCAAGGAGAUUGAUGAGAUCGUCAUCGAGUUAACCGUGCAAGUGAAGCCGGUGCCCCCAGUGUGCAGGGUGCCGAGGGCUGUGCCUGUGGGCAAGGCGGCCACGCUGACCUGCCAGGAAGGCGAGGGGUACCCCCGGCCGCACUACAGCUGGUACCGCGACGACGUGCCGCUGCCCACAGAUUCCAGGGCCAACCCCCGGUUCCGAAACUCCUCUUUCCUCUUCAGCCCUGACACGGGCACCCUGGUGUUCAGCGCCAUCCACAAGGAGGACUCGGGCCAGUACUACUGCAUCGCGUCCAACGACGCGGGCUCGGCCCGCUGCGAGGAGCAGGACAUGGAAGUGUAUGACCUCAACAUCGGCGGGAUUAUUGGGGGAGUCCUGGUUGUCCUGACUGUACUGGCCCUGAUCACAGUGGGCAUCUGCUGUGCCUACAGACGUGGCUACUUCAUCAACAAUAAGCAGAACGGGGAAAGCUACAAGAACCCAGGGAAGCCGGAUGGAGUUAACUACAUCAGGACGGACGAGGAGGGUGACUUCAGACACAAGUCCUCGUUCGUGAUCUAGACGGCAGCACGGCCGCGUGCACACGUGGAUACCUCCACGGGGGACCCUGCUGGGAGCAGCCCCGCGAGGGGAGCCAGACGGGGCUGGACAUGCACACGAAAGCUUUUUGUUUUGGCCGAAGUUGACCGCUACUCCUUUCUUACUUUUUAACAAGCCACACGAAUAAAAGAGUCUUCCUCAAGAUGGGCACCGUCACAAGGCCAAAAAGUGACCGGGUUCUCAAGGCCGACCCCUUCGGGGUCUGGGUGGCCUCAGGGCAGGCGCCAAGAGCCCGGGAGGCUUGGUGAUCUGCCCCGUGGCAGGUGGUGUUGGCAUCGGUAUCCAAGGGCUGGCAGAGGGGGUCAAGGCGUGAGCCUCAGCUGCAGUGACCUGGCUUCACGGUGGCCCGUGAGCCAGGGGCCAAGUGGUCAGGCCACUUCGUCCUGAGGCUUUGCUGUCACUGCCCUAGUGUCCAUCUUGGGGAAUCUUUUGGGUCAGCGUUUUAUAACAACAGUCCAAAGCAGGAAGGUAAAUUGCUUGUUAGGAGGAGGGAAUCUUCUUACCUGUGGGAACCCUGCUCAUCCAUGGAGGGUCCCAGUGCUGAAGGAAGACCUUCAUCUUACGCUAAAUCUGAAAUGGUACUGAUGCAAUGUUCUGCUUUUCUAUGGGUGUUUAUUUUAUAAAAUUUUACAUUCUAAAUUUUUGCUAAAGAUGUAUUUUGAUUAUUGAAAAUUUCUAUUUAAACUGUAAAUAAGUUGUCAUACAAUGUUAAAUAACCUCUUUUUUUUAAAAGUUCAACUUAAGGCAGGAGCCCAAGCUGCUCCUGUUCAAUUGGAAACACCACUGUUUCUUGUGCUUAGGAAACCUUUAAGAAAAUUCCAGUUGAGUAUUGUCUUGGUCUGUUGGCAUCUCUCCAGAAGGGACAUGAGGGGCUCUCGGGUUAGCGUCAAGCUGCCUCUUCCUCGGGCUACUCAGACCACCUCUGCCCCAGACCCACAUACGCAGUGUGCAGACCGUGCUGGUUGGUGCCCGGGGUCGGGCCGCACACCUGCUCGGAGUGGCGUUGGCUCCUGACUCCAGGCCAGCCCGCCCGCCCGCCCUCGUCCGACGCCCCGACGCUGACCGUGCGUGGAUCAGCCCUACCUAAGGGUGCCAUUCACGUACCACGUGGGUCAACCCAGGACGGCGGCAAGGGCGGGGUCCUCAGUGUGGCACCCCAGCCUAGCUUCCCUGGGACAGAGGUUUUUGGCUGAAGAUGGCUCAGGAAACAGCAGCCCUGCUGUCUUAAAUUCAUUUUACUUACUUACUUGUGUAGUUCAUACGACGGUCCAGGGCCAAAGGCACUUUUGAAAUCAAAUCUGUUACCUACAUUUAUAUUUUUUUAAAGACAAUGAACCCCACUGUCCCUCUCUGCCAUAAAGACAGCGCAGGUUCUGUCUCGCCUCACAGGAAGCUGUUCUGCAGGGCCGCAAGGCCAGCCUCUGAAGAACAGCAGGAAGGGCGGCCGGGCGACGGCCCGACUGACGAUGGGCAAAGUGUGUGCCUGAGUCAAAGGCAACUUCCUGAUCGUGCCCCACAUGCUGCCUGCUUUGUGGGGGCGUCAGGAACAGCACCCUUUGUUCUCAGCCUCAGACACGCUGCUGUGUUAACUCAGCGUGAAGCCCUUGGGAGCAAGGAGCUUCUCAGAAGGAUGCCUCCGACUCUGUGUUACAGGAUGGUUUUUAUGUAGAACAGAGUCGUCUUGGGAUGAAACUUUCAGCGUCUUCUUACUUGAAUACUCGAGACUUCCGUUGCCCUUUCUUUUCUGAGUCGUGUGAACGCUCUGUCGUGGAGUAUUUAUUUGCAGCAGCAGAGGGCAGCACCUCGUCACGCUGGGGUGCCUGACUUCUUCCGUCUGGGUCUUGAGAGCGUAGACCUAAGACCGUCCCUUCAUCCUCAGCUCCUCUGGGUGGAGAAGGGUAGGGCCCUUCCGCCUGUGGGGGCAGCUCCAGCCUCCUCCUCGGCUGUCAUAGUGAUGGGGUAGUCUUCUUGCACCCUAAAACCUCCGCCCCGCUGCCACGUGACCUGGCUCUGACGGAGGAGAGAGGAGUGAGUGUGGGGUCUGGGAGGUUGCUGCCCGUCGCUGUAAAAACGCAGACAGAAAAGGAGCAUCGAGUGAUUUUAAGAUGUAAACGUUGCUGGAGACGCGAGGCCACGUGGGCUGCCGGGGCCUUUGUGUGGCUGCAGCUGUACACAGUGCCACAGACCUGUGCUACUAACAAACACACCUGUGAGUUGGUAUUUCUUAAACCUCAUUUAUAAAAGCUUCUAAAAAAAUAAAAAGCAGCUCAGCCUCUUC